GUAGGGCCACACCCACUAGCGAAAAUAUAAAUAGUGAGGUUUGGCAUUGGCCGUUAGAACUACCUCUGUUCUCACCAUGAAGUCCAGCAGCCUCUUCCCCCUCGUGCUUCUUGCCCUGGGAACCCUGGCACCUUGGACUGUGGAAGGUGCUAGAAAUGCUUCAAAAGCUGGAGCCUGCCCUCCUCGAAGGCUUGCCCAGUGCUUUAGAUAUGAGAAGGCUGAGUGCCAGAGUGACUGGCAGUGUCAAGGGGAGAAGAAAUGUUGCCGGGAUACUUGUGGAAUCAAAUGCCUGGACCCCAUUGCCAUCUCGAAGCCAGUUGAGAAGAAGCCUGGGAACUGUCCAGUGCCUCCUGGCCAAUGUCUGAUGCUUGACCCCCCCAAUCACUGUGAGACAGAUGGCCAGUGCCAGGGUCACCUCAAGUGCUGCACAGGCAUGUGUGGGAAAGCCUGCAUUUCCCCUGUGAAAGGGGAAGAAUCUGGAGAUGAUUUCGCUGGUUCCUAUAUUGAAGCGCUGAUCUGAUUUUCUCUCACAGCCUGAUUUCCGCAGUUUGGAAAAGGCUCUGGAUCCUCUGUGUGGUCUUGGAAUUCCCUUUCUGCUCCCAGGCUUGGAUCCCUGGGGGACUUCAUGGUGAAGAUGUGGUUCUACCAUCAAUACCUCCUUUGGGGAAAGCUUGGCACACAGCAGGCUUUCAGGAAAUGCCUGUUGAUUGGUGAAUAAAUAAGUGAGCAUAUCUCUCUCUGUACAGCCUGCUUCUGUGGUUCACCGGGGGGUCCGAGUUGGGUGGGAGGUGAUGAGGGAAUGUCUGGACGUGAGGCAUCCCUCCUACAGAUGUGGAGAGGAAGGAAGAGGCUUAGGGGCUGGACAGACACGAAUUUACAUCGUGAGUCUGAAAAAACUGGCUCUGUGAUUUUGAACAAGUGAUUUGUCUCCUAAAUCUCAAUUUCUCUAUCUGCAAAGUGGCAAUAAAUAUCACCUUCUUACAGUG